UCCAGCAGGCCAUUUAUCCAUGUUGCAGUUUGACUGUGCACCACAUGAGGUCGACAUUGAACAAAUUCCUUGUCUACACAGGCUAGACAACAAGCAUCAUUACCAGUGCAUUACGAGUGCGUCCAGUCUCGGCUGCUCUGGUGAGAGAUGGCGUCCCUUCUGCAGCCGGAUAGAGUCAUCUAUCUGGUUCGUGGAGAGAAAAGGAUCAGAGCCCCGCUAUCUCAACUUUAUUUCUGUCGCUACUGUAGUGAGCUUCGAUCUCUGGAAUGUGUCUCACGAGGUGGAUUCACACUAUUGCCCCAGCUGUCUGGAGAACAUGCCCUCUGCUGAGGCUAAGCUUAAAAAGAACAGAUGUGCAAAUUGUUUUGACUGCCCAUGCUGCAUGCACACACUGUCUACUCGAGCCACCAACAUCCCAGCUCCUUUGCCUGAUGAUCCCACUAAGACAGCCAUGAAGAAGGCCUAUUAUUUGGCCUGUGGCUUCUGCCGCUGGACCUCGAGAGAUGUAGGGAUGGCUGACAAAUCCGUUGCAAGCGGUGGAUGGCAGGAGCCAGAAAACCCUCAUACUCAGCGGAUCAACAAGCUGAUUGAGUAUUACCAGCAGCUGGCUCACAGAGAGAAGCAGGAGAGGGACAGGAAGAAACUGGCCAGAAGAAGACAAUGCAUGCCUCUGGCUUUCUCGGAAAAAUAUGGACUUGGAACCAGACUACAGAGGCAGAGAUCUGGAGCGCCCAUAUCAAGUCUGGCUGGCCUUUCCCUCAAGGAGGGUGAGGACCAGAAGGAGAUCAGCAUUGAGCCUGCCCUCGCCCUCGAUGAAGUGGAGCCACUGCCUGAGGAUUGUUACACCAGGCCCAUCAGUUUACCCGAGGUGACCACGCUGCGCCAGCGGCUGCUGCAGCCUGACUUCCAGCCCGGGGCGUCUCAGCUCCACCCCAGACACAAACACCUCCUGAUGAAGCGCUCACUGCGCUGCAGGAAAUGUGAGCACAACUUGAGCAAGCCAGAGUUUAAUCCCACUUCAAUCAAGUUUAAAAUUCAGCUGGUGGCUGUGAGUUACAUCCCUGAAGUCAGAAUCAUGUCCAUUCCAAACCUCCGCUUCGUGAAGGAGAGCCAGGUGCUGCUGACCCUGACCAACCCUGUGGAGAACAUCACCCACGUCACACUGGCUGCUUGUGAGGAGGAAGAUCCUGAUGACAUCAACAGCACUGCUAAGGUUAUGGUACCCAGCAAGGAGCUGGUACUGGCAGGAAAAGAUGCUGCUGCUGAGUAUGAUGAACUGGCUGAACCUCAGGACUUCCAGGAUGACCCAGAUGUUGUUGCCUUCAGGAAAUCCAACAAGAUCGGUUUCUUCAUCAAAGUGAUCCCUCAGAAAGAGGAGGAUGGGGAUGUCACUGUCUCAUUCAAGAUACGACAUGACUUCCGCAACCUCGCAGCUCCCAUCAGGCCGAGCGGCGAGGAAGGAGGCGACACCCCCGCCGAGGCCAUCUGGCUCACGCACCAUGUAGAGCUGAGGCUGGGACCACUCGCUCCCUGAACACAAAUACUCUGUUCACCAUCAAACAGUCCAUGUGUUGGGCUCUUUGAACUAAUUUCUUAAAAAAACGUGUGAUCGAUUUGAUUGAGAGAGACUUCUGAUUCUGCUCAUUGAAAUGUGAGAAGGAUAACAGAUCGACAUAGUUGUGCAUCAGUUUUUUGCUUUGGUUGUGAAGUUUAAGUUUACUAGUCAGCGUCAUUGCAGAACAGUCAUUGAUUGUAAAAUGGUUGAGUUUGUAAAACUUACCUGAUGAGUGCACAGAGUUGAACUUUGCCCAAUUAUUAUUUUAAUUGAUUGCUAAUUGCAAUAUCUGCACAUACAGUAUUUUCUUAAACAGCAAAACAACAUCUGUCUCCCACACUUUUUCUUGACAUUUCAAAGUAUUUUGUGUUUUCCUUGAAUGAAUGAAUGAAUGAAUGAAUGAAUGAAUGAAUGAAUGAAUGAAUGGGUUUGGGUUGGGUUUUUGUGGGAAAUUUGUUGGUCAUUAAAGUGUUGAGCAUUCUCAAUGAGCAGAAUCAGAAAACCUUACUGAGAACAAUCCAAACUACUCCAAACUGCAGCACACACCUGCGCUUAAGCUUAAGUAUCCUUGUGAACAUCCUUUCCUGCAGACAACGCUAUCUUAUUAACUCGCAUGCUUCAGCUGUAAUACAUAUUGCACACGUGAGACAAUGUCAUCACAGUUACUGAUCCUGUACUGUUUUCAUAUCAAGAGGUAAUUUUAUCAUUGUCCUAAAUCAAACGGCUACCUUCAUUGGCACUGGGAGAGGAUGAAUAAGAAGCUCUGUAAAAUAAACACACCAUGAAGUUCAAAGUGUUCAUUUAAAUGUACUGAGACACUAUUAUUAUUUUCUGAUUUCAAAAUGUAUCUUUUGUGUUCACUGACUUCUCUGUCAGUUGUAUCUGAGCUGCUGUCCUGUUUGGUCUCACAUGUGGUAGUAAGACAGAGCCUUAAAACAACAACACAGUUAAUCCUCUGUACCUAAUAAAAUAUGUGAUACUGUAACA